UCAUCCAACACUAAUUAAAGUUGAUGAAACAAGUGCAACAGGAAAUAUUGACCCCAAUUUUCAAAUGAAUAACACCACAUCUAGAAACAACCAGAAUAAUGAGCAGUUUAGUGUUGGUCUGUUUCUAACUGACUCAUGGGCAAGUAGUGGUCAACCUCUGCUAUCAAGUGAUCGAGAUAGUUCACUUAGCCACUUAAUGCUAUCUAAUUUUGGUUACACAAGUAGCGAAAGUAGAAGCAGCAUGCUAGUUAGCCCACCAAGUCAAAAUAUUCAAACUUCGCCUGGAGGUUCAUUACAUCCAAUCGAAUCCAGAAAUUUGCAACAUCCUUCUGCUAGUGAACCAGUAGCGAAUAUUCAAAGAACAGGAAAUGAUGCUAGAAACAACUUCCCAAUAAAUACGUCAUUUGAAGCUGCAGCAGGAUAUGUGUGGCCCCAUUGGCCUGAUGCCAUUCCUAAUCCAGAAGAAAACAAUUUGGAUCAAGCAAACCCUAGCGAAACUUCCUAUAUUCUUGCUACGAUCGAUACGGACUCAGAAAAUAACCUUCCUUUUCUCAACCGUCAACUCUGGCUUCGACGCAAUGCUCGUCAAAGACGCUAUUAUCUCAGACAACUGCAACUUCAUAGAAGUGUGGCAGAUUCGAGCUUAGCAGAACAAGCUGGUGAAGAUGCUAUAGAUGAAAAUUCCAGCUGGCCAGAACACUCAGGGUCAAAUCAUGAUAAUUCAAAUGCCCCGCAAGAAGAUAGUGAUACAGACCAAGGUUCAACUGAUCGGUACUGGCCCGAUCCAACAUGUCCCUUACAAAAUGCAUAA